UACCUUUAUAUGUACGUGGUUUUAAAGAUGCGAUCUUUGGAGAGGGGAAAUUGUCUUUUCUAUAUAAAGUGGAGAGAAUAUUCAUGAUAAUUUAGGUGAUCUAUCAUGAAGAUCAUAGCAUUCGUAGUGUUCUCAACUUUGCUGGGUGUCUGUUUUGGAGAAGAUCUUUGUCUAUGUACCAGAGAGUACAAGCCGGUGUGCGCUUCUAAUGGCAUCUCCUAUAGCAACAAGUGCGAAUUCGAAUGCGCCCAACGCAGCGACGCAGACUUGAGGAUUCUCCAUGACGGCGUCUGCAAAUCGCGAAGAUAUCAACCGGGUCAAUGCAUCUGUCCAGAUGUCUACAGUCCGGUCUGCACGAACUUCGGCACGUUCGCAAACAGCUGCCAAGUUGGCUGUUUCCGGAUGGUUAAUCCCGAUAAAGCGGCCGUAAUUGUAUGCAAAGGCGAGUGUCCUUGCAUAGAAAGUUAAGCAAUGGAACUUAUAGAAUUGUAUUCUCAAGAUCUGCAUUAACUUUGAAAUAAAAUAUAGAACAUCAAUUGAUUUUA